AUCACUUCCUGUUUUAGUCUUCUUUCAAACCAGGAAGAUGGAUAUAGUGUCGAACAAAUUUAUAAUCUUAGUUUUGUGUUUAUUUUUCAUCGCAGUUAGUGUUUGUUGUGCAGGUGGUGGCUGUACUUCUGUGGAAAAGAAGAUCUACGUGCACCUAAACUACACUUUCCCAUGCGUGCGUCUGCUCAAUGCAACUCAUCAGAUAGGCUGCCAGUCUUCCUUGUCUGGAAAUGUCGGGGUGCUUCAUGUGGUGGAGUCUGAGGAAAACCUGGACUGGGUCCUUCGCACCGGGCCCAAUCCUCCUUAUAUGGUCAUCCUAGAACACCAGCUCUUCAACAGGUCCAUCAUGAUGAAACUGAAGAACAGCUCCAGCAGGGUGGCUGGUGUUGCCGUCGUGGCGUCCAACACAAACCCGGCUGAGGGUGUAUCACCGCAUACAGCAUGUCCCAACGAGAACACAGGUGUGUAUUCCGAGAGCUACGAUAUAACCAUGGCUCACUGCAAUGUCACCUUGUGGAAUCCUUUCGGAAGCGGCCUGUCCUAUGAGGAGUUUGACUUCCCCAUAUUCUCCCUGAAGGAUGACAACGACACCCAGCUCAUCCGGCAGUGUUACAUGGACCACAACCGCAGGGUGAAUAGCAGUGCCCCCCAGUACCCUUUGUGUGCCAUGCAGCUCUACUCGCAUAUGUCCGCCGUCACUGACACGGCCACGUGCAUGAGGAGGAACGCCAUUAACUUCAGCAUCACACCGGAGGCUGUGUGUGACCCGCUGGGAGACUCGAACGUUUGGGCUGCCACCAGGCCCCUCAACAACACUGCCAAAGGUCACAAGAUGUGGGAGAGCGUCGUCAUUGCCGCUGCCCGGCUGGACAGCCGAUCGUUCUUUUUUGACGUGGCUCCGGGAGCUCAGAGCGCCGCUUCUGGUUUCAUCACCCUGCUGGCAGCAGCUCACGCUCUGCGGAACGUCACCCAGGAGGCCCCGCCCAACCGCACCAUCCUCUACACCUUCUUCCAAGGGGAAACCUUUGAUUACAUCGGCAGUUCUAGGAUGGUGUACGACAUGGAGAACCAGCAGUUUGUUGUGGACCUGGACAAUGUUCACUCCGUGCUGGAGGUUGGACAGGUGGGCCUGCAUACCGACUCCAGGCUGUGGCUCCACUCUGAUCCGGUUUCAAGGAGGAACAACACUGUAGACGACGUGGUAAAGAUGCUGGUUGAAAAUCUGCAGUCGUCCUUGACGGGUUUAAACAUCACCCUGAGUGAGCCCGCCUUCUCGCAGCCGCUCCCGCCCUCAUCCUUCCAGCGGUUCCUGCGUUCUCGGCCUAUCCCAGGCAUUGUUAUCGAGGACCACCAAUCGACUUUCAGCAACAGGUUCUAUGAGAGCAUGUACGACAAUGCAGAGUACCUGAAAGUUUCCUACCCACAGAACAUGACCCAAGAAGAACAGCUGGAGUUUGCCACAGAGACCGCCAUGGCACUGGCUGAGGUGGCCACCGUGGUCGCUCGAGCUUUGUACAAGCAGGCUGGAGGAGAACAAUCUCAGCUGAACAACAUCAAUGCAGACGCCCAGAUAGUGACCCAGAUGCUUUACAGUUUCCUCGUCCAGUCAAAUAACACCUGGCUGCAACAGAUGGUCCCCUCUGACCUCGCUAGCCACCUCAAGGACACGCCCACCAACUUCUACGUGGGCGUGACUCAGCAGCCCAGUGAGCCGACCUACCUGGUGCAGCACCUGCUGGCCAACCUGACGGGCAGCGUGGUUAACGUCACCCAGGAGGACUGCCAGAAGCAGCGCGUGGACGAGAAGGACAGCGAGAGCAAACAUAUAUACACGUACACUUGGGUUCAAGGUGCAGCGCCCCCCAACAGCACAGAGAGAGAAGGUUUCUGCGUGCGCUCCACAGUGCACACCUCCAAGGCGCUGUCUCCGGCCUUUGAUAUCCUGGGAGAGUACAACUCCAAAGACUUCUCCACGUGGACUGAGUCCAGGUGGAAGACCAUCAAAGGCCGUGUGUUCCUGGUGGCCAGUCAUGAGCUGGAGAUGCUGACGCUGGGUGUGGGCGUGGGCGUGCUCCUCACCUCCCUGCUGCUCACCUACAUCAUCAGCUCCAAGGCAGACAUCCUCUUCAGCUCUCAGCGGGAGCCCACCAACGCCACAUACUGACCACCUCACGUACACCCACACAGGAGACACAGGCCCACCAAGACCACCACUACAACUCCUACGUGUACAUCAGACCCAGACCAUGUUCUUUUCUUUGAAUCCAAACCCAAGCUGAAUGUUGUUUUCUGACCUCAACAUGUUUUUCUGGACUCACUGGUUUUAAGUGAGGCAGAACGUGAUGACUGGAUUUGCCUGGGUGGACUUAAGUCUGGUCAGCUACCAGCAGCCCUUGGAAAAGAUGUUCAUAUUUCUUUUUACUUAAUUAAUGUUCUUGUUUUUUAUUGUUCAAGAGUGAGAGAGAGAAUAUUGUCAUGUGCAAUUCUUUAAUCUUUAUUGUAGAUAACUGUAAUUAUUUCCAGUGAUAAACCACUUUGUGAGACAAAUGAGUUGUGUUAAAAUUCGGGCUAAUGAUUACAAUUUUUAAUUAGAUUAAUAGGUAUUGAAAUUAUGAUUAAUCACCAUUUGCGUCUGUCUGAAAUGUGCCCAUUUUUACUGUAGCAAAGAUAAAUGACAGGACAGGAUUAUAUAUAUUUGUAUGUAAUAACAGUUCUAAAUGAACUGAAUAUGUCAAGCUAAAAGAUACCACGCAAGUCGAAAAAUCUAUUUGUCUAACACUAGUCUCUUUAAUAGUAGCAGAACAUUUGAAUCACACUUUAAACCGUGUUAUGAGCAAUGAGGGGUAUAAGAAUAAUCACUUUCAUGUUUGUCUUUAUCUUCCUGUUUAUUUAUACACACACACACACACACACACACACACACACGCAUUAUAAUGUUGGUUUUGUGAUGGAUGUCUGGAGUGUCCCUGAAUGCAUCUUGUGUUCUUGUAAUGUGAAUGAGGAAGUGUCGUUCCCAGGUGAUCGGACUAGAGACGUGUGUGAGUUGGCGGUACAUACAAUACAUGGCGUUGGAAUUGUACUGCUACUGUGUGCAGGUCAGAAUGAAGUUAUAAAAGAGUGUGAGACCCUGUGCGGGGACACUCCACUGUGAUUCCGACUGCCAUCGUAACAGAGAGGCUUGCUCAGGUGCAUGCGUUAAUUACACAAAAAAUUAUUUAUUUGUUAUUUCGACAACCCUAGUUAAAAUGUACAUUUUCCUCCAUUGGGAGCUGUUUUACAACAUGUGUUUGCUUUUUUUCUUCUUUAAACUGAAUUUUGCACUGGUACUCCAGGCUGACCCACAAACUCCAUGUGGGUAAGACUUUUUUUCAUCGUACAAUAAUCUGUUAAAUAACUUGCGAUGCCUUGAUGAGGAAUUAAACUCCUUUUCCACUUGUUACUUCUACUACCGUUUUUUUUAAAUACACAAAAAAAUGAACCUAUGUCAUAAUAUUAAAUUUCAAUAUAGCGCUUGUUUUCAUUAGAGACAUGAGUCCAGCUCACCUGGGCUUGUCACAUGUCAAUCACAGGACAUACAUAAACCACCAUUCACACCUAUGGACAAUUUAGACCAUUCGGUUAACCUGGGUCGUGCGGUGGUCUAGUGGUUAGCAUGUUGGCCAACACAGGAACAGUCUGGAGACCUGGGUUCGAUUCUCCCUUUGGCAUUUCUGUGUGGAGUUUGCAUGUUCUGGUUUUCUACGGGUACUUCCUCCCACAUUCCCAAAAACAUGCAGGUGAGGUUAAUUGGCGACUCUAAAUUGUCCAAAGGUAUGAACGUGAGUGUGAAUGGUUGUCUGUAUGUGCCCUGCUGGCGACCAGUCCAGGGUGUACCCCGCUUGUUGCCCGAAGUCAGCUGGGAUAGGUUCCAGCAUGCCCCCGUGACCCUAAUGAGCUGGUAUAGAAAAUGGAUGGAUGGAUCGGUUAACCUUAUAUGCAUGUUUUAGGGACGUGUAGUACUACAGUCCUGUCGGAAACACUGCAGUGUUUUUUUUCACACUUUACAGUUUGUGAUUUAUGUGACCUGAUUUUACUUGGUAUAUCAAUAUUAACACUUGCAGUAUCAUCCCUACCUUUAAAUGGUAUCAGACAAGAGUAUAUUGUCUAGAUUUUUUUUAACCAUGACUCAACCCCACUGUUGCCAACUCCAAUUACUGGAGUAAUCUCAGUAAGAAAAGUAGCUGUUGGCUGUCCCUGAAGUCACUCGAUUACGUCAUCGAGUAAUAUUAUUUGCAUAUGUUGUAACAGAUGCUGUAGGAAAAAAGCCUCACCGCAAAGGAGAGACAAAAAAGUGAGUAAAAACCUUAAUUAUGGUUACAACUACAAAUAAACUUAAUUUUUUUUUUUACUUAAAAUUGGCCAUCACUUCAUCAGAAUAUAGUAAUUGUAAUAAUUUAUGUUGGCCUUUUAUCGUGCAGUUAGGACGACUUGUUUAAUUUAUUACACAAUGGUAUUCCAUCACACUUUUUGCCACACUGACUGGUAAGUGACUGAGUCUGAAUGAGGCUUGAGUGUAAUGAGUAGUCAUGUAAUGAAGAUUAAGAAACAUUUCUGUUUUAUAUCCCGCUCUGUAAAACAGGGUCAGAUCCACCCCAUUGAUAUCGCGUCUGCUGCAGAAGCUGACAGUGCACUGACUUGUGACUUGUGACUGCUUUGGGGCAGGGUGGACCUCUCAGCAACACCCGUGUCCCUACGAAAUAUGUACCCGGAACGCAAUCGGUGCCAAGGACUACGUCACGUGCUGUGGUAGUUAUUAUUUUUGUAAAUGUAUGAACAUAAAUGGUCAAUAACAAUACUUUAUAUCUGUAACAUAUUGGGAGGUUAUUUUAACUCUUGUUUCGAUUUCUUGUUUUAAAUAUUUUAUAUUUUAUUGUUGUACGUUUCUUUGUUUCUAUUUGAUCUUUUAGUUUUUAUUGUCGUAAUUUUUAUUUAUUAUUUACAUUUACAUUCCUUUAUUUACUUAUUAUUUAUGGUUUUGCUAGUCUGUGCAGCACUUUGGAAACAGUGUUUAUAAAAUGUGCUAUAUAAAUAAAGUGGA